ACAAAAGAAACUGUUUGAAUCCAGUGUUUGUCUAAAAAUGGACAGGAUUUGCUAAUCUGUUAAUUAGAUUACCGGUCCUGCCUCAGUGCCACCUGUGUCCACAUGCACACUUACCAGUCACUUUGACGGAAUCAUAAAACGGCUCUUUUGGAUCCGUUUGGAUUUUACUCCCCUCACAUGCGGUUUUACGUUGUAUGAGCUGCUGGGGAAGUUGGCUAAAAAGUUGACAGCUGCUGCCAAGGAUGGCCGUCCCCUCGUUUACUUUGGUUACUUUAAUCUGCUGGAUAAGCAGUUUAGGCAAUGUAUGGGCAAAUGAAAGGAUAUACUCUGACAACAUCACUCGCAUUUUGGAUAGACUUUUGGACGGCUAUGACAAUAGACUGCGGCCUGGUUCUGGAGGUGGUAUCACCGAGGUGAAGACAGACAUCUUUGUCACCAGCUUUGGACCUGUUUCAGAUGUCGAGAUGGAGUACACCAUGGACAUGUUCUUCCGUCAGACGUGGGUCGAUGAGCGGCUGAAGUUCGAGGGCCCCAUCGAAAUCCUGCGGCUGAACAACCGCAUGGUGGACAAGAUCUGGACGCCGGACACUUUCUUCAGGAACUCCAAGAAGUCCAUUUCCCACAACAUGACCACGCCAAACAAGCUCUUCCGCAUUAUGCAGGACGGGACUGUCCUCUACACCAUGAGACUGACAAUUAGUGCAGAGUGUCCAAUGAGGCUCAUGGAUUUCCCCAUGGACGGCCAUGCCUGUCCUCUCAGGUUUGGAAGCUAUGCAUACACCAAAGAUGAAAUAAAGUUCACCUGGAAGAAGGGGCUAGUAGAUUCCGUUGACUGUCCCAAAGAGUCGAUAAGUCUUCUGCAGUACGACCUGCUGGGACAGACUUUGUCCAGCGAGAUAUUCAAGUCAAACACAGGUCAGUACUCUGUGCAGGUGGUCCAUUUCCUCCUGCAGAGGAAGCUGGGCUACUACCUCAUACAGACCUAUAUCCCUCUCAUAAUGGUUGUUGUCCUUUCACAAGUCUCUUUUUGGAUCAACAAAGAGUCAGUUCCUGCACGCACAGUCGCCGGCAUCACCACAGUGCUGACCAUGACCACCUUAAGCAUCAGCGCCCGGGAGUCCCUGCCCAAAGUGGCCUAUGCCACCGCCAUGGAUUGGUUCAUUGCCGUGUGUUUUGCCUUUGUGGCGUCGGCCCUCAUUGAAUUCGCAGCCGUGAACUACUUUGCCACCCUGCAGGCCCGCCGCCUUAAAAAGGAGAGAGCCAGACAAGACAAUCUUGAGGUGUUGGCCGCCGGCAGCGAUGACGACGACACCAUUUCGUCGGACAGCAGCCCCCGGGGAGGCCUGAAGAGGAGAAACCACUCAGUGAGCCGCAGUGAGCCAGAAGAAGCUCCACCUCUGACGAUUUUCUUCCAGCAGGGCUCAGCUUUUCCUCAAAUCCCACAGCUGGCCGGCACCAGCCCCAUUGACUUGUACGCCCGCGUCCUCUUCCCCUUGGCCUUCGCCCUCUUCAACCUAGUCUACUGGUAUAUCUACCUGGCUAAAGACACCAUGGAGAGGGCCAGGGACUAAGAGGACCUGGAAAAGGGCAUGUGCAGCCUGAGAGACCUUCAGCAUCCAGCCAGCCUCACCUCACCCCCCUCCACCCUUCUCUCUCUCUCUCUCUCACUCUCUCUCUGUGCGAACAAGCUCUCAGCAUUCACUCUGCUCUCAUCUGACAGAGGAAAUGAAUCAGAAACUCAUUUAUUCUCCUGCUGCACAUCUAUUCAUUUCACAGGCUGUGACCACUGCCCACUUGUGUUCUGAUCAGUAACUGAAGAGCUGCCCUUCACGGGGGCCUCAAUCACUUUAAACCCCUCCACGUACACAUAACAACUUCCCGGGGCCUGGGCCGCUGCAGACGUCACACGCACAAACACACAAACACACACACACACACAAACACACACACACAUACAGUAUGCGUGAUGUUCAGACCCACGCUUAGAAACACACCAAGAAACACAUCAAAAAGAUGCGGAUGAUAUAAUCUAUGAUGGCUGUAACUGGUGGUGAUGCAACUGCGAACCAAUGCUUUCAGAAGCCUGCCCUCUACAGAAGCACAGCUCCCACUACAACGAGAUCAAAGACGAUUUAGAGGGGGCUCGCGUCCCUCCUCGCCGCUUCAAAAAAAAUGUACUCAAACCCCGAGAAAAUGAAUUGUGAGGAUUGUGUUUUCCUUCCCACCUUUCUGCUCGGGCGCUCUGGUGCUCCCUUUGCAUUUUCGGAUGUACUGCAGGUCCCUCUGGAAACGUUGCAGAGAUGAGUGGGAUAUAAUACCCAUGGGUGUUAAUGGCAUUCAUUUACUAUUUUUGUACGGAUGGCGCAUAAUUGUUGGGGUGUUUGUGCUGUGUGUGGAGCGUGCGUGCCAGUGAAGGAUGGAACGCUGCUCUCUUUUUAGCCACCUGACAGAAAAAUGCAGAAGGAACAAACUUGCUCUCAAGUUAAUGUGAACAUUUCACCCCCCACAGUGCAACCAUUUGUUUGACCUUGUGAGGUUAUAGACAAACUUAUGUACCGUCUAAUAAAGGUAAAUAAUAAAGCAACUGAGCCUGGAAUGAACACAGAUGCUGUUAUUUCCCCUCUCCUCUCGCUUGUUUCUUCAUUACGCACUUUCACUUGUCCCUUUAAUAUUUUUCUCUGCAAUGGAAACUGCUCAUCCACCAUCAUCAGUCUCCACUCUUUGAUCUUGG